AUGGAGUCAAGAGGAGCACCCCCCAACACCCAGUCAAGAGGAGCACCCCCACCACCCAGUCAAGAGGAGCACCCCCCAACACUCAGUCAAGAAGAGCACCCCCAACACCCAGUCAAGAGAGAGCACCCCCCAACACCCAGUCAAGAGGAGCACCCCCCAACACCCAGUCAAGAGGGAGCACCCCCCAACACCCAGUCAAGAGGGAGCACCCCCCAACACCCAGUCAAGAGGGAGCACCCCCCACCACCCAGUCAAGAGGAGCACCCCCAACACCCAGUCAAGAGGAGCACCCCCCAACACCCAGUCAAGAGGAGCACCCCCCAACACCCAGUCAAGAGGGGGCACCCCCCAACACCCAGUCAAGAGGGGGCACCCCCCAACACCCAGUCAAGAGGGAGCACCCCCCAACACCCAGUCAAGAGGAGCACCCCCCAACACCCAGUCAAGAGGAGCACCCCCACUACCCAGUCAAGAGGGAGCACCCCCACUACCCAGUCAAGAGGGAGCACCCCCAAUACCCAGUCAAGAGGGGGCACCCCCCAACACCCAGUCAAGAGGGAGCACCCCCCAACACCCAGUCAAGAGGAGCACCCCCCCCAACACCAAGUCAAGAGGAGCACCCCCCACCACCCAGUCAAGAGGAGCACCCCCCACCACCCAGUCAAGAGGAGCACCCCCCCCCACCCAGUCAAGAGGGGGAACCCCCCCCCACCCAGUCAAGAGGGGGAACCCCCCCCCACCCAGUCAAGAGGGGGAACCCCCAACACCCAGUCAAGAGGAGCACCCCCCCCAACACCCAGUCAAGAGGGGGCACCCCCCCCAACACCCAGUCAAGAGGGGGCACCCCCAACACCCAGUCAAGAGGGGGCACCCCCACCACCCAGUCAAGAGGGGGCACCCCCACCACCCAGUCAAGAGGGGGCACCCCCCUCACCACCCAGUCAAGAGGAGCACCCCCCUCACCACCCAGUCAAGAGGGGUCAAGAGGGAGCACCCCCCACCACCCAGUCAAGAGGAGCACCCCCACUACCCAGUCCAGAGGGAGCACCCCCACUACCCAGUCAAGAGGGAGCACCCCCACUACCCAGUCAAGAGGGAGCACCCCCAAUACCCAGUCAAGAGGGAGCACCCCCAAUACCCAGUCAAGAGGGAGCACCCCCCACCACCCAGUCAAGAGGGAGCACCCCCCACCACCCAGUCAAGAGGGAGCACCCCCCACCACCCAGUCAAGAGGAGCACCCCCACCACCCAGUCAAGAGGGAGCACCCCCACUACCCAGUCAAGAGGGAGCACCCCCACUACCCAGUCAAGAGGGAGCACCCCCCACCACCCAGUCAAGAGGAGCACCCCCCACCACCCAGUCAAGAGGAGCACCCCCCACCACCCAGUCAAGAGGAGCACCCCCACCACCUAGUCAAGAGGGACACCCCCACUACCCAGUCAAGAGGGACACCCCCCCACCACCCAGUCAAGAGGAGCACCCCCCCACCACCCAGUCAAGAGGAGCACCCCCCCACCACCCAUUCAAGAGGGACACCCCCCCACCACCCAUUCAAGAGGGACACCCCCCCACCACCCAUUCAAGAGGGACACCCCCCCACCACCCAUUCAAGAGGGACACCCCCCCACCACCCAUUCAAGAGGGACACCCCCCACUUAGCCGUGUGA